CACACCAGUGGAAAUUAUGGAGAUGAGAAAUACUACCUCAGACUUUAUUCUCCUAGGACUCUUUAACCAUACCACAGCCCACCAAGUCCUCUUCAUGAUGCUUCUGGCCAUCGUUUUGACCUCCCUGUUUGGCAAUGCCCUCAUGAUUCUCCUGAUUCACCGGGACUGCCGGCUCCACACGCCCAUGUACUUCCUCCUGAGCCAACUCUCCCUCAUGGACAUAAUGCUGGUUUCCACCACUGUGCCCAAAAUGGCGGCUGACUACUUGACCGGAAAUAACGCCAUCUCUUCUGCCGGCUGCGGUGCGCAGAUCUUCUUCCUCCCCACGCUGGGGGGUGGAGAGUGCUUCCUCUUAGCAGCCAUGGCCUAUGACCGCUACGCGGCUGUCUGCCACCCACUCCGAUAUCCCAUGCUCAUGAGCUGGCAGCUGUGCCUGAGGAUGACCAUGUUGUCUUGGCUCCUGGGUGCAGCUGACGGGCUCCUGCAGGCUGCUGCUUCCCUGAGCUUCCCGUAUUGCGGGGCACACGAGCUCGAUCAUUUCUUCUGCGAGGCCCCCGUGCUGGUGCGUUUGGCUUGUGCUGACACUUCAGUCUUCGAAAACGCCAUGUACAUCUGCUGUGUGUUAAUGCUCCUGGUCCCCUUGUCCCUCAUCCUGUCCUCCUAUGGUCUCAUCCUCGCCACUGUUCUCCACAGGCGUUCCACAGAAGCCCGCAAGAAGGCCUUUGCCACCUGCUUGUCACAUGUGGCUGUGGUGGGACUCUUUUAUGGAGCUGCCAUUUUUACCUACAUGAGACCCAAAUCUCAUAGGUCCACUAACCACGAUAAGGUUGUGUCAGCCUUCUAUACUGUGUUCACCCCUUUGCUAAACCCCCUUAUCUACAGUGUGAGGAACAGUGAGGUCAAGGGAGCCCUGAAACGGUGGCUGGGGACGUGUGUAAACAUAAAACACCUGCAAAAUGAGGCCCACAGGUCAAGAUGAUCUAGUGUCAAAUGAGUCUUAAGUUCCUGAAUUUAUUAACAUUUUAACACAUUGUAAUUCUCUCCCUUCAAUAA